CGACCCGCGACAGCUCCUUGUGCCGCCGCACACCUCUUUGUCUGAUGUGUGGAAAGUGUUGUACGUAUGGAUCUGUAGAUUCGGGCGGGCGUGACCGAGACCACACAACUUGCACUCGAUAACGCUCGCGGUCGGAGACACUCACUCGUGGGCCUGGCAAUCAUGCAUCACACAGACGGGUCGCCGUACAUGCGGCACUGCGUCGUGGUGGCCUUGACGGCUUCCCAAAUGCUCGCCUGAGCGGUGAACAGCGCUGUGUAGACCUGAGACACACACGUGGAUGGACACACACACACACAUGGAUGGGCGUACGUAUGAGACACGCGCAAAGGCGCUGACGUACUUACUUUGCCUGGGAAGACGCAUGUGUAGGGGAAGUUGAUCAAAGCACACACCUGCACCCUGACAUGCGAAGGCACAGAGAGAGGAUGGGUAGAUGCAUCCCUGUCUCUGUCUCUCUCUGUGUCUCCGGCUCACUUGUACACGAAGAUGCACGCGCACAGGACGCCCAUCAAAGUUGCGAGCACGCUGUUGAUCAUCGAAAAC